AUGCCGCCUGAUAAUCCCCCCCAGAGAACAGGUCCUGAUGACGUUGAAUUCAACAAGAUGUUGUACCCAGUCAUCCUGUCCACUAUGAAUUCUACUGGUACCAGCUUUACCAAAAGGCCGCUGGUCAGGACUGUAAACGACAUAUCCACGUGGUCCGAACUCGCCAAGUACAUAACGGCAUUCACCCCCGCCGCUGCCGACGAAGUUCCUACUCUGGCACGCGCAGAGGUCAAGCUGACCUGCGACAUCUGCCGAACUAGUCACCUUCGAGUACCCCCAUGGCUAGCAGGCAAUGCCUCAUUUACGGAUGAGAACUCCGAGAAUAUCUGCGUGCUGCCUUGCGGACACUUUUUCGGCUAUGAGUGCAUGAAGACCUGGACCACUCGGGACAUCGAGACAGCCAAGCAAUGCCCUAAUUGCCGGUAUAAGUUGACGCAUCCGGUAUGCGGCGACCUAAUCAAGAUACCAGUGAUUCGGGAUCUGGAUCCCAAUGAUCCGAAGAGCGUCACCUACGUCAUUCCAUACACACGCGAGCACCGGCUCAAGCGUGGUGAACUUUAUACCUUUGAGGAUGUUUCGACCUGGGACCCUGCGCUGGCUGAUCGAGAGCACAACUUUGGUGUUACCAUCGCAUGUCAUGAUUGUGGUAUUGCCAUUGCGAAGAAUAUCUUUCAGAUAGAAUGGGACCGAACGCUUAGGUGGUAGAAAGAUUGAAAAGGACUGUGUGUGGUCGAGCAAUGCGACGUCUUGAGUUGCUAUAGGGGUACAGCAGGGAAUCGCCUAUCACCUCUCGUAUAGUGAGGACCUAGGGGGCAGUUGGGAAUCGGCUUCUAUAAACGAC